AUGUCUUCGGAAGUUUUAGUGUCCAGACCCCAUUUCGACAGCAGGUCAGUUGCCCAAGCAGGCGAUCCGCUCCCGCCCACAGACGCAGAGGCCACAUUCAUGGAGGGCUUGCAUCCCUCCUCCGGCUUGGCUACCGCGGGGUACCGUUCAGCCAAGUACAGCGCGGAGGAAUGGCACGUCAAUAACUUCUCUAACCCUUCACCAGGCCGUUAUAGACCGAAACAACGCCGAGAGGAUUCGCCAUGAGUCCAAAACACUGUAUACGGAGACCGAGGCCGGGACUCUGCGCACCCAAGCUGAGGGGACGCGGCACCUAGGCGAGAGACUGCAGGAUAUCCACUUCUGGAAGUCGGAGCUGCAGCAGCACAUCGAAAAGCUGUUGGCCGAGACAGACCUCCUCCUGCGUCAAAAGAGAAGGCUGUUGAAGGCGCUGGACGCCACCGAGAUCCCGUUCGCCAUUGCCACGGAUAACCUAACCUGUCGGGAACGGCGGCUGGGGCCCGACCUGGUUAAAGACCGCGUAGAGGAGGAGCUGCUUAAGGUGAUUAAAACAAUAAGAUCGAUUUGUCUUUGCUCAAGUAAACCUAAAUACUUGUAUCAUUACAAAAUGUUACCUAGACGUUAUUUCACUAGACACUCAUCCGAAAAUAACUUGAUGUUUGUGUGCCACAGGAAGUGGAGUUGAUCAGGAGCAUCCAGGCUCUGUUGAAGAGAACGCUGAGUCAGGCUGUCAAUCAAAUAAAGUGAGUGACACAAUUAGACACCUCUCCCCGCAUUCAUUUCAACCAACAUUAAUAUUUCAGAUGCAUCAGCAAUAACUACAUAAAUGGUUCAUUUAUAAGAUCCUCUCUUUUAAUUUUAUUGUGUAAUCACACAUUUCCGCACAAUUAGUCUAGGAAAGGCCUAAAGGACGACAGCUGAGCUGGGUUGCAGCCUAUUCAUUAGGCACUAAACAAAGGAAAAUAGACUCAAACAGGGAAGGACUACCUGAAGUUGCCCAAUAAGAAACGCUCGUUUUCGUUUUCCAUUGCAAAUUGUUUUAAGUUUUGCUCAGUGUGCACCGGUAUGGGUGGUCCUCUGUAGCUCAAUUGGUAGAGCAUGGCGCUUGUAACGCCAGGGUAGUGGGUUCGAUCCCCGGGACCACCCAUACGUAAAAAUGUAUGCACACUUGACUGUAAGUCGCUUUGGAUAAAAGCGUCUGCUAAAUGGCAUAUUAUUAUUAUUAAUGAAUGUGACCCUGAUAUGGGUAAAAAGGUGUCCUUUGAGUUUUAGUCUUAUGGCGCCCCCUACUGUCUGCAGUACGUAGGUACUCGCACAAACCAUUCAAAGGAAAAAGCAGGAGGCCGAGAUGCUAAAAGGGAUAGGAGAUGGAUACCUAGUCAGUUGCACAACUGAAUACAUUCAACUGAAACGUGUCUUCUGCAAAAAGUGCUACUGCAACGUGCCAACAGUCAUUACUUUACUAACAUUGGUCCAUUUGGUCCAAAAAACAUAGUUAGCACAUUUAACAUAGGCCUAUUUUCAGGUGAAUACAUUUGAAACGUGUGUGUGUAUGUGUGUUCAUCCAUCAACCAUUUGUUUUUAGCCUACCUGAAAAUUCAUUUUGAACAGUGGGGCAUUGUCGUGUGUCCAGCUACACACACAGUGCUUCAUUGAAAAAUGGUAACCUGGCAACGCAGCGCAAAUAUAAAAAAAAGUUAUUCUUAAUUUCACUACCCCUGUGUUGCUUAGCCCCCUGCUGUACUCCCUGUUCACCCACGACUGCGUGGCCAAGCACGACUCCAACACCAUCAUUAAGUUUUCUGACGAUACAACGGUGGUAGGCCUGGUCACCGACAACAAUGAGACAGCCUAUAGGGAGGAGGUCAGAGACCUGGCAGUGUGGUGCCAGGACAACAACCUCUUCCCUCAAUGUGGGCAAGAUAAAGGAGCUGAUCAUGGACUACAGGAAACGGAGGGCCGAGCACGCUCCCAUUCACAUCGACGGGGCUGUAGUGGUCCAAAUACACCAACACAGUCCUGGAAAGGGCACAGCAACGCCUCUUCCCCCUCAGGAGGCUGAAAAGAUUUGGUAUGGGUCCUCAGAUCCUCUAAAUGUUCAACAGCUGCACCGUUGAGAGCAUCUUGACUGGCUGCAUCGCAUCCAACCGCAAGGCGCUACAGAGGGUAGUGCGUACAGCCCAGUACAUCACUGGGUCCGAGCUCACUGCCAUCCAGGACCUCUAUACCAGGCUGUGUCAAAGGAAGGCCCUCAUAAUUGUCAAAGACUCCAGACACCCAAGUGAUAGACUGUUCUCUCUGCUACCGCAUGGCAAAUGGUACCAGAGUGCCAAGUCUGGGACCAAAAGGCUCCUGAACAGCUUAUACCCCCAAGCCAUUAGACUGCUGAACAGUUAAUCACAUGGCCAUUAGACUGCUGAACAGUUAAUCACAUGGCUAUUAGACUGCUGAACAGCUAAUCACGUGGCCAUUAGACUGCUGAACAGUUAAUCACAUGGCUAUUAGACUGCUGAACAGUUAAUCACAUGGCCAUUAGACUGCUGAACAGUUAAUCACAUGGCCAUUAGACUGCUGAACAGUUAAUCACAUGGCUAUUAGACUGCUAAACAGUUAAUCACAUGGCUAUUAGACUGCUGAACAGUUAAUCACAUGGCUAUUAGACUGCUGAACAGCUAAUCACAUGGCUAUUAGACUGCUGAACAGUUAAUCACAUGGCCAUUAGACUGCUGAACAGUUAAUCACAUGGCUAUUAGACUGCUAAACAGUUAAUCACAUGGCUAUUAGACUGCUGAACAGUUAAUCACAUGGCUAUUAGACUGCUGAACAGUUAAUCACAUGGCUAUUAGACUGCUGAACAGUUAAUCACAUGGCCAUUAGACUGCUGAACAGUUAAUCACAUGGCUAUUAGACUGCUGAACAGUUAAUCACACGGCUAUUAGACUGCUGAACAGUUAAUCACAUGGCUAUUAGACUGCUGAACAGUUAAUCACAUGGCCAUUAGACUGCUGAACAGUUAAUCACAUGGCCAUUAGACUGCUGAACAGUUAAUCACAUGGCUAUUUCACUUCUGCUUUUCACCCCCUACCAGACCCUCACACUGGCUUUCUGCCCCCUACUGUCUCCCACUGUGUGUGUGUAUCAGGUGUAACAGAGAUGCCAAGCAGACUCUAGAGCUGGACUGGUCUGAUAAGUACCAGGCCUACAGUCUGGAUGACCAGUGUGGUCGCUACAACAACAUGAGUACUGACACACAGUACCACUCCAACUCAGCCAACCUCCAGGACCAGUGA